UCGGUGCUUUGUGCUGAACUGUGUGACUGGAGCUGUGUGUUGGAUAUUGAGUGUGUUUAUUGGAAGCAUUUCCCUUUGAUUUCCAGGCUGAGGUUUGUUGAUGGUACAUUCCUGAAUAUGAGAAGGUGGAAUUAUCUGGGAGAAGGACUACAUCAUACUACAUCGGAGAAUACAGAGAGGAUAGACACCACAGAUAGAUCCUGACCAUCACCCAAAGAACAACUACACAACUAUGGAAAGACUUUCAGAUACUUCACAGUAUUGCUCAACACAGAGAAAGUUGUGCAGCGAAACCAUCAUCUGGGUCAGGGGACAUUUCAUCAGAUCUGAAACUGAUAGUGCUGUGAAGUGUUCCAUCAGAACCAACCUUUCUGAAGCUUCAGCUCUGCUGAUCAGUCAGAUUGAAUCUGGAAAAAAAUCUGAGUAUUUCCAAGUGUGGUGAGAGCUUCAGUUAUGCAUUGAGCCUCUUGAAGCACUGACUCAUUCUUGCAGGUGAGAGAUUGUUCCAGUGUGAGGUAUGUGAGAAAGCUUCUUCGGUCUUCAUGGAUACAAAUUUACAAGUGUGAACACAAGACCAGCAUAAUGGAAGAGAAAGCCUUCAAGUGUGAGGUGUGCAGUAGAGCCUUUGCACAUGCAUCAACGCUGGUGAAUCACAGACGCAUUCACACUGGUGAGAAACCAUUCAUGUGUGAGGUGUGUAAUCAGGGGUUUGCACAGUCCUCAGGCCUGGUGAAACAUCGGCGCAUUCACACAGGGGAGAAACCAUUCAUGUGUAACGUGUGCGACAAAUCAUUCUCACAGUCAUCAAAUCUCCGUGUGCACCAACACAUUCACACCGGCGAGAAACCGUUCAUGUGUAAGGUGUGCAACAAGUCAUUCUCUCGGUCAUCGCCCUUCCUCAUACAUCAAUACAUUCACACUGGAGAGAAACCAUUGACGUGCCAGGUGUGUGACAAAUCAUUUUCGUCUUCCUCGGAUCUACGCAUACAUCGACGCAGUCACACAGGGGAGAAGCCAUUCACAUGUGAGGUGUGCAAGAAAGCAUUCUCAUCAUCAUCGGAUCUCCGCAAGCACCAACGGGUUCACAGUGGACUGAAAACCUUUAUCUGUGAGCUCUGUGACAAAUCCUUCUUGGAAUCGUCGAACCUUCGCAAACACCAACGAAUCCACAGGGGGGAGAAACCAUUCAAUUGUAAGGUUUGUGACAAAUCAUUCUCGCAGUCAUCGAAUCUCCUGGUCCAUCAGAGGAUUCAUACAGGAGUGUAACGCUUCAUGUGGGAGAUGUGAAAUCCAGUAUUUUGGAUGUUAUUGAAUCUUCUCUGUCAGUAAGGGGAUCCACAGAGGGAGUAACGCUUUCUCUGUGAGGUUUGUACAGAAUGUCUGAUCGUGCUGUUGACCUUUCUGGGGUAUCACAGGAAAAGCACAGGGGAGAAACUGUUGAAUUGUGACAUUUGUGGAAAAAUACUUCCACUCAUUCUUCCAAUUUCUUGAAGUGACAAUGGAUCCAUGCUGAUGAGAAACUAUUUCAGUGAAAGUGUGUGACAAGACGCUCACAGUCAGUGUAAUCCCUGGUCUACCAGUGCGCUCAGGGAUGGGAGAAACCAUGUUUGUGUGAGCUCUGUAAUGAAUA